AUGACUAAUUUAAUGCCAUAGACUACCCAUGAGUUAUAUUAUGAACACUGUUAGCUUUAUUAUGCUUAUCAAUAGAAUUAUUCAUCAUAAGCUACAACUACAAAUUUUUAUUGGAAGCUGAGUUAGCGUCUUUACUAGGUCUUCCUUCAUAAUAUUUUUCUAUUAAUUUAGGGUGUUUCUCUUUAGGAUGUUUAGUAAAAUUCAUAAUCUGCCAAUCAAUUAAUUUUUUAGUUUUAAAAAGACCAAUCAAAUAUUUUUUAAAGAAAACUAAACAGGUGGCAUCUAAAAUAAUAUCAACUGUAAGUAAUAUGUAUUCUGCUGUAUUUGAUUUACUUUUUAUAAAGAAAUGGCUAUCCUAGUUAGAUUAAAAUAUAUCGAUCAGUAACAGAAUUGAAGUAAUUAUAAAAAAGUGAAUUAGCAGCAACCAUAAAAUAAAUCCGAAAAUUUUUUUUUUUGGAUGAGAGCAGAAAAAAGUAGGAUUGCAAUUAAAUUUUUUUUCAAAUUGGAAUCUUUGAACAUAGCUCUGCUUACAAACUUCACAUUGAGCCUAAGAAAAAUCAACAUAAGUUUAUUUUAUCCAUUCUUUCAAACAUCUUUCAUGAAUGUAUUUAGAUGAACCUGAACAUUUACAAGGACUCAUUAACGGUCCAUUUUAAAUUUUUAUAUGGUCAGAUUUCCCUUCAGCACGCUCACUAUUAUGAACAAAUGAUACAGUUUAAAAAAUAACUUGUUAAGAUUAUUUAUUUAUAUUUUCAUCUUCUUCCUAUACUUCUAAGCAUAUUCGACAUUAUGGGGGUUCAUAAUUUUCAUGUGAUAUUUGCUACUAUUUUUCUUAAAGUUAUUACUAGAAAUGUUAUUUUUAAGACUCGAUUAAACUUUUAAAAGUAUUUUCUAUAUAUUUUUAUGUUUCAUCUGCCUUUAAUUGAUCUUUUUCUACAUUUUCCUCAUCAUUAAUCUUAUAUUAAGUGUAGUUAACAUCAUUUAUUUGCAUUUCAUCUAAAUUUUAGAAUUUUUAUUCCUUUGGAUCGUUGUGAUGGGACUAAACUAUCACAUUUUUAGAUUAUUCCAAAUAGUUUUUUGAAAUAUCUUCUUCAAUUACACUAUCUCCAUCAACACCUUAAAAUACCAUUAUCUAAGUCUUUUCAAAAGUAUUUUCUUUAUCAUAGAUAGAUUAUCUACUUUUUUCCUCUUCAUUUUUUAAGAUCUUUGUUAGAUUUUUAUUUAGCUACUAACCAAUUAAAGUUAUAUCUUAAUCCUACUAAUUCCAAUUCUAAUUGUUUACUUUCUGAAUACUAGUUAAAUCCUUCUCAAUUUUCUUUGAAAUAUUAUUUAUCGGCUUUUAUACUUAGUAUUCAUCGUCUGAUUAAUCUAAAGGCUGUAGCUUACUCAUAUAAACUCUAGGAAUUUCAGAAUUCAUGA